AUGUCUCGACAGGUGGUCCAGGUCCAGCCGGUGAGCAGGGUUCAGGAGCCAGGGCAGUGGAGUACUGGCCUGUGUGAGUGCUAUAAAGACAUGGGAGACUGCUGCUUUGCCCUGUGCUGCCUCCCAGUGUUUACAUGUAAGGUGACCAGUGCAGUGGGUGCCUGUCCCUGCCUGCCUCUGCUGGACUGUAUCGGCUGCGUAUCACCGGCCUCUCUCGCCAUGAGGGCUUCCGUCAGAGAACGAUACGGUAUACAGGGGAGUGUGUGGAGCGACUGCCUGUACGGAUGCUGCUGCUAUCCGCUAUCUUGGCUGCAGAUCUCCAGAGAGCUGAAGAGAAGAGCAGCAUCCCACGCCUCCUCCUCCUCCUCAGCCAGAUACACUGCUCUGACCUCCCUGCAGGGGGCGCACUUGGUCUAG